AAUAAGCAUAAUCUAAAAUUAGUUUAUAUAUUUAUAAUAUAUAAGCCAAUAUUCUUUAGUCUUUUUCUCAGAUUUUAAAUAGCAGCAUUAAAAUGAACAAAUACACAAUUGUAUGCAUAUUUUUGUUACGAUUUAUACAUUUUUCUCAAUCUAGUCCACAAAUUACAUCUCCCAUAAAUUGCACAAAACCAUUUGAAGAAUACGCAUGUGGCAGUGCAUGUCAAACCACUUGUGAAAACUUCGGAAAACCCUGUCCAAUUGUUAACAUAAGAUGUAAUGACAGUUGUUAUUGUAUCGAUAAUUAUGCAAGAAAUGAGCAAGGAGUUUGCAUUCCAAUAAAAAAUUGCCCCAAAAAUAAUAAAUGUUAAAAAACAAUAUUGUUAUUGUGUUUUAUUAAAGCAGGUAUACACACUCUGCUUUAGCAGAUAUUUUUUAUUAUAUAUUUUUUAUUAUUAUUAUUUUUUAGCAGAUAUAGAUGUCGCCACUGGUACUGGGUUUCCAUAUUAUAAUAUGGAACCCCA